AUAUUUCUGAUUGAGCGUAAACAAGCGACCUUGUAGUAAAAUCACGUGGUGGAUUUUAUUCGAGCUGAUAUUGGCGCCCACCUCAAAUCGUUGAAUAAGUUUAUACAUGUGCGCAUAGUUUAGCCUGUCAAUAACUAUAAUUUAACAUGAGUUUGUCUAAAUAUGAAGAUUUUGAACUGCAAACAGCUUGCGGCAUCUUUGGUUGCCUAGCUACCGGAGAGUGGCCGACUAAUUUAGAUGUUGCCCACAUUAUUUACCUAGGUUUGAUCGCAUUGCAGCAUAGAGGUCAAGAAAGUUGCGGAAUCACCACCAGCAAUGGAGAUUUGAGCAAUGUGAACACCCAUAAAAUGGCUGGCUUAGUGACCCAUGCCUUCAAGGAAGAGGAUCUGGCAAAACUGAAAGGUAACUUGGGUAUUGGUCACACAAGGUACUCCACAGCCGGAGGAACGCAACACUUGAAUACGCAGCCGUUCGUCGUUCAUACGAAGCAUGGAGUUCUUGCUAUAGCCCAUAAUGGUGAACUAGUCAAUGCUCCACAGCUUCGCAGAGAAAUUAUUGAGAAAGGCGUUGGCUUGUCAACAGAAUCGGACAGUGAACUUAUGGUUCAGAUCCUGUGCAUGCCACCCCCAGAACCAAACAAUGAAUGUGAAGGAAAACCAGAUUGGCCAGCCAGGAUAAAAAAUCUUAUGAGUCGUACAAAAACCUCUUAUGCUCUACUUAUAAUGAAUGGUGACACAAUUUAUGCUGUUAGAGACCCAUAUGGUAACCGACCUUUAUGCAUUGGAAAACUGGUGCCACCAAGGGGCUCAUUGGAAGAUGAAUUAAUUAAUAAUAGAGACGGCAGUCUACAAAAUGGAAAUGGAACAGAAGAUUAUUCACUUAAAAAUCAGUGUGCAGCUAAAGGUUUACGAAAAAAUGGUGAGCAGUCUAACCUAGCAAAUGGACAUACUUUUCGCAAUGGCGUUAGUCAUCGAAAUGCAGCCAAAGAUUUGAAAAAGAAAGAUGUGAAGUCUAAACCAACUAAUGAAUAUGAUACCUUACAGAAUGCUUUUUGUCAUUUGAAUGAUGAUGAUGAAAGUGAACUAGAAGGUUAUGUCGUAUCAUCGGAAUCUUGUGCUUUCCCUUCUGUCGCAGGACGACUGGUUCGUGAAGUCGAGCCUGGUGAGAUUGUUGAGAUAACGAAAAAGGGUAUUCGAUCCAUAUGCAUUCUUCCCAGACCAAAAGGGAGCAGCAAUCCAGCAUUUUGUAUUUUUGAAUAUGUUUAUUUUGCAAGACCAGACAGCAUGAUGGAAGGUCAAAUGGUGUACACAGCAAGAAUGGAAUGUGGUAGACAGCUUGCAAUACAAGCUCCUAUUGAAGCAGAUGUUGUAAGUGCAGUACCAGAAUCUGCAACUCCAGCUGCAAUUGGAUAUGCAGAACAAGCAAAAAUCCCUUACAUGGAAGUACUCUGUAAAAACAGAUAUGUGGGAAGAACUUUCAUCCAGCCAAGCACAAGACUAAGACAGUUGGCAGUUCUCAAGAAAUUUGGUCCUCUGAGUGCCAACUUCAAAGGGAAAAGAAUAGUACUGAUUGAUGAUUCAAUUGUAAGGGGGAACACAAUGGGGGCCAUAAUCAGAAUGCUAAGGGAAGCAGGAGCAGAAGAGGUUCAUAUACGUAUAGCAUCACCACCUCUUCAUCAUCCAUGUUAUAUGGGAAUAAAUAUUCCAACCAGAGAAGAGCUUAUCGCCAACAAAUUGAAUGCUGAUCAACUAGCUGAACAAAUUGGCGCCAACAGUUUAGUUUACCUCGAUGUUGCCAACUUGAAAAAUGCAGUAAAAGCAAAUUCAACAAUGGAUAAAAAAUCUGAGAGACAUUGUACAGCGUGUUUGACAGGAGAAUAUCCCGUUGCCUUGGAGUGGUAGAUGCUCUUCAGAAAUAUUUAUUAUUGUUCCUAUUUCAUGAUCUCAUAGAUCAACAAUCGUACAAUGAAUUUCAGAGCUCACAACACAUAUAUUUAUUCUGAAAUUCAAGAUUUUUUUAUAUGUAUUUUCAAUUGUUUGUUUUAAUGACUGAGGCUAAAGCAGAAUUUUUGUAUAUGGAUAUUUUUAUAAGUGCCAUUUGCCCACCAGUUGGCAAUUUAAUUAAUGAUGUUUUGGACACUUGAGUGCAAAGGGGCAUACAUAAAUUAAACUAAUUCUAGCACUGUGAUAAAUGAUAUUGUAAAAAGCAAUUGACAGCCUUAAAAUUAUGUCAAUUGUACACAAGUACCUGCUUAUAUAUGAGUAAGUCAAUUCUUAUAAAUGUAGACAUUGUGGAAGUAGUUACUGAUUUAAAUUACAAUUAUAUAUUACAAAUAUGCUACAUAAAAUUUUCGUAAACUAUGAACAGCAUACAAAGAUAUAUAUUUUCACAAAUAUGUAUUCAGCUAGCAGUUAUAAUUAAAUUGAAAUAUUCCAUUCUUAUAAGAAAUUAAGUAAUGCUUUCUAUAAAAUUUAUGCUUUAAAUUUAAAGAAUAGCAUUCAUAUUCGUAUGUUUCAAAUUUUAAGUAAUGCUUUCUAUAAAAUUUAUGCUUUAAAUUUGAAUAACAUUCAUAUUUGUAUGUACAUAUAAAUAUUAUAUUUAUAUUAUGAAAAUUUAUUUGUAGGUUACUAAAAUUUUCAUAAAACUUAAUAGGUGAAUUAAGGUCUAAUAGAUUCAUUCACUAAAGGCAUAAAGAAUAUUAAUUCAAGACAUUCAGUAAUAAAAUUUUAAUUAACUUAUUUUUUCUCAAUUACAUAUAUUACAGAAACUUUUUUUUAACCCUUUUCUAAAGGCUAAUAGUGGACCAAAAUAACAGGCUUUGCAGGUCCUAUAUUAAAAGGUUAAUAAAAAAAAAUAUGAUUUAAUUAAAACUUAACUAAAACAAUUUAAGAAAAAUUUUCUAUUUAGAUUUAAUAUUGAGAAUAAAUGUAAACUUUAUUACAUUCUUUAUUGCUUAAGGUAAAUUUUUUUUAUGUAUGUAUGCAUUAUAACACAAACAUUUACAGAAAUAGUCAUAUCAUGCCAAUUUAAAAAUAAACAUCAAAACUUUCAUUGUGUGAAAUUAAAUAGUAAAGAUUUAAAAUUAUUUUUGACAUUCAAUUUUAAAGAAAUCAUGUCUUUCCUGAUAGUUUGUAUACCUGAUUAUUUCUUAACUCAGAAAAAAGUUCUAAACAUAUUUUUAUUAGAAAAUUUUAUUUUGUAUCAAAAUAAAAUUUUCUAUAUUAAUAUUUGCUCAAUUGAAAUAGAAAAGAUUAUAUAUACAUGUAUAAACACAGAUGUUAGAUACAGCUAUAGAAUGUUCACUAUGUUAAUUCUAUGGGUAAAAACAAAAGUUACACAAAUGUGCUACAUCCUUAGUAAAUUAUUAAGUUGAAACUUAUAUUAACAUGUUUUUAGAAGUAAUUUUAACCUUCUCAUAGUAAAAUUUUUGUUUUAAAAAAUUUGAAUGUAUAAAAUUUCUUUUUUUACUCAAAGUGACAAAUGAUUUUUUUUCCAUAAAUAAGAUUCGAUUCAUAUUAGUACCUUCAUAGUUAAUUAAUUUGAUGCUGUUAUAAUUACUUAAAAAUGUAGCUUUUAAAUUACGAAGUAAAAAUGAAGUGAAAAUUUCUGGAAUGUUAAGAAACAUCCUUUCUAAGGCAUAUUUUUAGUGGAAAGAGUUAACAUGAAUGUAAUACUUCCAUAUAUUAAAAUAGCACCAUAUAGUUAACAUAGUGAUAUUUUCAUACUUUUAUCUAUCAGCUGUAUAUAGCCACUAACCCAUUAUUUCUGUAAAUAUUCAGAUAUUCUAUUGAUAAAAUAAAUAAUACCAUAUCUGUUAUAAAAAAGAUUACUACAUAUAUUUUUUUAUAAUGAUUUAUUGCACUUAUAUGUAUAAAUUUUGUUUAAUAAACUAUGUUUUACAUA